AUGGGAGGAGAAGCGUUGGAGAUAUUUGAAGUUGGUCCUUGUGAGGAUGCUUACACAAUGGGCUACCUGAUAGGCCAGAGGUUUUCAAGCAAGAUAAAGAGCAGGUUGGCCAGAGACCUCAUUCUUCAAGACCAGCUCCUCCCAUUUGCUCAGACCCCAGAGUCACAGCCACUCAUUAAGUCUCUUACUGAAAAUCAUCGGAGCAAGUUUCCAAGGUAUUGGGACGAGCUCGUAGGAAUAGCAGAGGGAAGUGGUGUGCCAGUUCUUAAAAUUAUGCUGAUCAACUUUAGAAAAGAGAUUCUUCCAUUUCUUCCGAAGACGAUGAUGAUGAUUCAUGAAAUUGAUACCCCAGAUGACUGCUCUGAUGUUCUUGUUGCUAGUGAUUCCAUGGCCAUUGUGGCUCACAAUGAGGAUGCAAAUGUUGCUCUGGUUGGCCACACCUAUUUGAUAAAGGGUACCCUGAGAAAUGGCUUAUCAUUCAUUGCUUACACAUAUGCCGGAGAGCUCCCUAGCUGUGCAUUCGGCCUUAACAGUCAUGGCCUGGCAUUUACACUGAAUUCGGUACCGCCACUUGAAAGUGAGAUUGUUGCUGGAGGCAUUGGGCGGAACUUUAUAUCACGAGACCUGCUUGAAGCAAAGAGCAUAGAUGAUGCAUUAUUUAGAAUUGAAUCAGCAAAAGUUUCUGUAGGGCAUAGCUACAAUCUGAUUGAGACAAGGACACGAAGAAUUAUCAAUGUAGAAACUGCAUCAAAGAACCGAGUUUCAGUUUAUGUGGUUGGAGAAACACCAUUCUUCCAUGCAAACAUGUAUCUCCAUCUCCAGGUUAACCAGGUACAUGAUGAGAAUUCAUUAACAAGGCAAAAGAAAGCAACCACGCUACCUAAAGACUCCAAAGAAGAUGUCCUGUCACUUCUAGGAGAUACAGACGAGCCAAUAUACCCCAUUUACAUGACAGGUCCAACGCUUUACACUCUGUGCACAGCAGUGAUAGACCUCGACGAACAAACACUAUCAAUUCUUGAAGGAAACCCAAAAACAGGAGAAAUCUCUCACAUCUUCUCUAUGCCUUCAGAAGAUUUCAAGAUGCCAUUACAAAUGCUCAAAGUCUAG